GUAACCACAUGAAAUAGAUGCAUUGUGUUGGUAACAAAAAGAAAAGCAGAGAGAGAGAGAGAUGGAAAAGGAGAGAAAACAGCAUGUACCUCACUGUCUAAUCUUACCUUAUCCAGCACAAGGUCACAUGAAUCCUAUGAUUCAAUUCUCAAACCGUUUAAUACAAAAACAAGUUAAAGUAACACUCAUAACUGUUGUUUCUCUUUGGAAAACAAUCACCAACAAAAACCUCUCAUCAAACAUUCAAGUUGAAACUAUCUCAGAUGGCUAUGAUGAUGGAGGAUUUGAAUCAGCUAAAACUGUGGAAGAUUACAAACAAACUUUUUGGAGUGUUGGAUCAAAAACACUUUCUCAACUUCUUCAUAAACUUGCUUCUUCAAACAACCCUCCAAAUUGUGUUAUCUUUGAUGCAUUUUUGCCUUGGGUUCUUGAUGUUUCAAAGACUUUUGGUUUACUUGGUGUUGCAUUUUUCACUCAAUCUUGUUCUGUUAAUAGUAUAUAUUAUCAUACUCAUCAGAAGUUGAUUGAAUUACCACUUUCAAAAAGUGAUUAUUUGUUACCUGGAUUGCCUAAACUUCAUCAAAGUGAUUUGCCAUCUUUUUUGUAUAAGUAUGGAUCUUAUCCUGGUUACUUUGAUAUUGUUGUCAAUCAGUUUGCAAAUAUUGGUAAAGCUGAUUGGAUUCUUGCAAACACAAUUUAUGAACUUGAACCAGAGGUGGUGGAUUGGUUAGUGAAGAUAUGGCCAUUAAAGACAAUAGGACCAUCAGUUCCAUCUAUGCUCUUAGACAAAAGACUCAAAGAUGACAAAGAAUAUGGUGUGAGCAUUUCAAAUCCAAACACAGAAGUUUGUAUCAAAUGGCUUAAUGAGAAGCCAAAAGGGUCAGUUGUUUAUGUCUCAUUUGGAAGCAUGGCUGGUCUUAGUGAGGACCAAACAAUAGAACUAGCUUAUGGAUUAAAAGAUAGUGACACUUUUUUCUUAUGGGUUGUUAGAGAUUGUGAGCAAGUUAAGCUUCCAAAAGGGUUUGUUGAAUCAUCAUUAGAGAAAGGUUUAAUAGUGACAUGGUGUCCACAACUACAAGUGUUGACACAUGAAAGUCUUGGUUGUUUUGUGACACAUUGUGGUUGGAACUCAACAUUGGAAGCUUUGAGUUUAGGAGUUGUAGUGAUUGCUAUGCCACUUUGGACUGAUCAAGUGACUAAUGCAAAACUUAUUGCUGAUGUGUGGAAAACUGGAGUCAAAGCUUUUGCUGAUGAGAAAGAGAUUGUGAGAAGAGAAACUGUUAAGAAUUGCAUAAAGGAAAUCAUUGAGACUGAAAAGGGAAACGAGUUAAAGAAGAAUGCUAUGAAAUGGAUGAGUAUUGCAAAGGAUUCUGUUGAUGAGGGUGGAAGAUCUGAUCAAAAUAUUGCUGAAUUUGUGGCUGUUUUGAAUCAAUAUUGAUGAAGGAACAAAAGUAGUGUAUUAUCUUUGUAGUAUUGACACUUCUGAUCGAAUACAUGUCUCGGUAUCCGACACAUGUCGGUGUCUGACAUCAACAAUACACUAUCGAUAAUAUGGUUACAAUUAAUUAAUUAAUUUUCUCAAAUCAUUAUCGAUAUCCAUAUAUCUGUGUCAUAUCUGGUGUUUGUGUCGGUGUUAACGUUGUGUUUGGUGUUCAUGUCAGUAUAUGUGUUUUAUAGUUACCACUCCAAUUUGCUUCAGAACUUGAAAGUAUUGUAUCUUUUAUGUGUUGUAUUAAAGUUGUGUUUGGCUCAUCACAAAUUAAUGUUUAAUGUUAUGCAAUUAGUGUUUGAACCACUUUUUGUUAUUAAAUUGUA